AUGAAGAAACAGAAACAGGUGGAGUGGAACGAUCGGUGUGAAGCGGCAUUUGACGAAGUCAAGCAAAUUCUCUCUAACCCUCCGGUUAUGAGACGCCCAGAUUAUGGCUGUGACUUGCACCUAUUCUUGGUGGUCGGUGAAGAAGCAGUCAGCGCAACAUUAGUGCAAGAAGUUCCUGAGUUUCGUCCGGUUUAUUUCAUCAGUCGGGUAUUGAAAGAACUUGAAACCAGAUAUCAGCAACUGGAGAAGAUAGUCCUAGCACUUGUGAUUGCCACCCGAAGGCUCCGUCCCUACUUACAGGGAAACCAGGUAAUUGUUCGAACAAAUUAUCCUAUUUCGAAAAUUCUACGUAAACCUGACCUAGCAGGUAGGAUGAUCGGUUGGUCCAUUGAACUCUCGGAGUUCGAUUUGAGAUACGAACCACGAGGAUCAAUUAAGGGCCAGCACCUGGCUGAUUUCGUGGCCGAGUUACCUGGACGAUCGUCAUAUUGUCAUUCAUGGGCCAGCAAUAACCAAGCCGAAUAUGAGGCCUUAAUAGCUGGCCUCGAGUUAGCACGAGAUUUGGGGGUUAAAGUGCUUUGUUGCAAAACGGAUUCACAGCUGGUGGCAGGUCACAUGAACGGGACCUUCCAAAUUAAAGAUGAUCAAUUGCUCAAAUAUUUCCACAGAGCCAAGCAGCUAGUCGCACACUUUGACAGCAUCGAGGUGAGUCACAUUCCCAUAAGCGAAAAUCAAAGAGCCGACCGGCUAUCGAAGUUGUCCACUAGUAAGGAGAAAGGUCAAUUGUCUUCGUUGGUCCGACAGAUAAUUUUCAAGCCAGCAGUUGAAUGCUUACAAGUGUAUUCCACUGCCGAGCGGGACGAUUGGAGAAGAGAGAUUGUAAGGCUAAUCCAGCAGCAGGAGGCAGGAACGAUCCUCCGGACGGAGGAGUCAAAACAGGUUGCAAGGUACGUCAUGGUGGGAGAAGAGCUGUACCGAAGAGGGUAUGUCACUCCAAUGUUGAAGUGCUUGUCCAAAGAUGAAUCCGAAUAUGUUAUGCAAGAGCUGCAUGAAAGAAUAUGUGGAAGACAUGGCAGCGGCCGUUCGUUGAGGGCCCGAGCUUUGCGGGCAGGAUUUUAUUGGCCGACAAUGGAGAAGGAUUGCCAGGCCUUUGUCGUCAAAUGUUUGGCUUGUCAAAAGCAUGGGAACAUUAUUCGCACACCAGCAGCGGCGCUAUCGGCCAUAGUAUCUCCAUGGCCCUUUGCUCAAUGGGGAAUGGACAUAGUAGGGCCAUUUCCAACCAGUCGUUCCCAGUUCAAAUUUCUUUUAGUCGCCAUUGACUAUUUUACUAAAUGGGUGGAAGCUGAGCCCCUGGCUAAAAUAUCAGCUUCUCAAGUGCAAAACUUUGUGUGGCGACUAAUAUGCCGAUUCGGUCUGCCAAAGCACAUCAUCACUGAUAACUUUCUCAAUAGUUUUCCUUUUUUGUGUCGUUCUCUUGGGAGGAGGUUGAACUACCUUCACAUCCUCAGUAGCCUCAAGAUUAACAACCGGAGAGGCUCCACCCACCGAUCCGGCAGGAGAGGCUGA